AUGUUUAUAGUCAAUUUAAAUUUAUUAACUAGUGCUGAACUAAUACUUAAAAAUCCAUUUAGUCGACUAAAGCAAAACGAGUCUACUGGUCUACUGUUAUCAAUAUGCCAAAUAAAAUCUAGAAAUAAAAAUAGAAACGAACUGAACUGCUUGCUUACCUAA